CGGAAGCCGGGGUUCCGGCGGCAGCCGCGGCGGCUAAGCUCCUCUGGGAAGGGGUAGGCGCGGGGGCGGUGGUUACUUGCUGGAUGCAGGCGCGGGUCAUGUGACCGGAAGGGCUCCUGACGGACGCCGUCCCUCCUCGGCGCGGCCUGAGCGCCCGGCCCGACCCCCGCCAUGGGGUGCUGCUACAGCAGCGAGAACGAGGACUCGGACCAGGACCGAGAGGAGCGGAAGCUGCUGCUGGACCCUAGCAGCCCACCCACCAAAGCCCUCAAUGGAGCCGAGCCCAACUAUCACAGCCUGCCUUCCGCUCGCACCGAUGAGCAGGCACUGCUCUCCUCCAUCCUCGCCAAGACAGCCAGCAACAUCAUCGACGUGUCUGCUGCAGACUCCCAGGGCAUGGAGCAGCACGAGUACAUGGACCGGGCGAGGCAGUACAGCACCCGCCUGGCUGUGCUGAGCAGCAGCCUGACCCAUUGGAAGAAGCUGCCGCCGCUGCCGUCCCUCACCAGCCAGCCUCACCAAGUGCUGGCCAGCGAGCCUGUCCCGUUCGCCGACUUGCAGCAGGUCUCCAGGAUAGCUGCUUAUGCCUACAGUGCACUUUCUCAGAUCCGUGUGGACGCAAAAGAGGAGCUGGUUGUACAGUUUGGGAUUCCAUGAAGAGAGGGGUCCCUGGACAGCUCUUCUUCUCCUCUCUUCACUCCGUCUCCACCCUGCCUCCCCUGGCCCCCAGCCUCACUGUGGCUUAUACAGUAUCCUAACCUGCUACUAAUCACAGAAGAAAGUGGAGGAGGAGGAGAAGAGUGAGGCGAGAAGCCUGAGCAAGUGAGGAUGGAACAGGGGAGGGUAGAACCAUUUGGGACUGGCCUUCAAAGCCCUGGCCACGGGUGGGGUGGGGGUCACAGGGACAGGGCCUGGUAGGUCUUCACUGUCACUGGGAAGGUGCAGGUGCCGGUGUGAGGGUGAUCACUAGGGGGCCUCUUAGGACCCCCUGCCUACCCUUUCUUGGCCUCACUUCUGUCCCCCUCUCCCUGACUUGGUGCUCACAUGCACCUCACGAGGGCUUGUGACCAGGGUCUGGAUGAGCUUGAAUUUGAAUGAAUUGAGUUUGUAUUUCUAGCACCCUGGGUUUUUACAUGUUUGGUUUUUUUUGUUUUGGUUUGGUUUGUCACCCUCGAUAAAGGAAGUGUAUCCAUCUG